AACAAUCAUGGUCGACGACAAAAAGCAGCCCGAGGUCCUCCUUGACUUCGCCGACGGCGGCGUGUACAUCAAGCACAAGAUGGAGAACGCCGUCGUGGAGCUCGAGAGACGCCGGAUCACGCGGGACGAGGCGCGCAAGGCCGCCAAGGCGAUGGAGGCGCUCGACGUGCAGAAGCCCGAAAUGAACGCCGAGCACGUCCAGCUGUUGGUCAAGGAGCUCGGGAUCGAAAAGGAGGAGGCGGAGAAGGCGCUCGCGGCGCAGGGAGGCGAUCUCGUCAAGACGCUUGUGGCGCUGACUGCGCCGCCUAGCUAGUGUUGCGACGCUAGUGCGCGAGAUGAGCAGGCGCCCGGGGCAGCGGGUCGGGCGACACGUAGACACCAUGCUCGGUAGACUGUGACAACAUGCAUUAUACACUGUACCCAUGCGAG